AUGGCAGCCGCAAUCAAGUCCGGUCUUGAAAGUGCCCUCAACAAGCUCUCCCUCGGCGGAGAUUCUGAUAUUAGAGCUCCUUCUCCGGAGGCUGUCAAAGAAUUGAAGCAAAAGUUUGCAGAAGUCGGCCAAGAGCACGUUUUUGCAUUUUUUGAUGAUUUGACUGUCACUGAGAAGGCUGCCCUUUUCCAGCAGUUGUCAAAGAUGGACCCCAAGAGGAUUUCUAUCAUUACCAAAGAAGCACUCUCUCCACCUCCACCAGCUGAGACUCCGGUAGUCGAGCCCCUUCCUGAAUCCGCAACAGCUUCCAUCCUCGAUAGCGCCUUAUCUGAUAUCGAGUCAUGGAAUGAACAUGGUCUCGAGCUGAUUGGAAACAACAAGGUGGCAGUAGUCCUCAUGGCUGGUGGCCAGGGGACCCGUCUCGGCUCCAGUGCCCCUAAGGGUUGUUUCGAUGUCGGCCUACCCUCAAAGAAAUCCCUUUUCCAGCUUCAGGCCGAGCGUAUUCUUCGUGUACAAACCCUUGGCGCAAAGAAAGUCGGCAAGGACAAGGCUGUUGUGCCUUGGUACAUCAUGACAUCAGGACCCACUCGUGGCCCUACAGAGAAAUUCUUCCAAGAAAACGAUUUCUUUGGGCUUGAGAAAGAGAAUGUCGUCUUCUUUGAGCAGGGUGUCCUACCCUGCAUUUCGAAUGAGGGUAAAAUCAUCCUCGAAUCAAAAUCAAAGGUUGCUGUCGCUCCUGAUGGCAACGGUGGGAUCUACCAGGCCCUUAUCACUUCAUCCGUCCUUACCGACCUUCGUGCAAGGUCUAUUGAGCAUGUCCACGCAUACUGUGUCGACAACAGUCUCGUCAAGGUGUGCGAUCCAGUAUUCAUAGGAUUCUCCGCAUCAAAAGAUGUCGACCUUGCCACUAAGGUGGUCCGCAAACGAAACGCUACCGAGUCUGUGGGUCUCAUAAUCCUGAAAAACGGAAAGCCCGAUGUUGUUGAAUAUUCCGAAAUCGAUUCCGAGACUGCAGAAGCUCUCGACGAGAAGAACAAGAGUAUCCUCAAAUUCCGCGCUGCGAAUAUUGUCAACCAUUACUACUCAACCCGCUUUUUGGAGACUAUUCCUGAGUGGGUACAUAGUCUGCCUCAUCAUAUCGCAAGGAAGAAGAUUCCUUAUUGUGACACUACAACUGGAGAGCAGUUUAAGCCUGAAAAGCCAAACGGCAUCAAGCUUGAACAGUUCGUAUUUGAUAUCUUUCCAAGGAUUCCACUGUCUCGUUUUGCCUGUCUUGAAGUGAAGCGUGAGGAUGAAUUUUCGCCCCUCAAGAACGCCAGGGGAACUGGAGAGGAUGACCCAGACACCAGUAAGAGAGACGUUCUCAGGCAAGGAAAGAAGUGGAUGGAAGCUGCCGGGGCGACUGUGACAAGCGAGACAAAUGAAGAGGAUACUGGCGUUGAGGUUUCUCCUCUGGUGUCAUAUGCUGGUGAGGGGCUAGAGCGUUUUGCGGGCAAAGAGAUCAAGGCCCCAGCAGUUAUCGAGAAGGAAUAG